AUGUGGCGCUCGUGUCACGUCCCGACACUCUCUCGCCGCGCGUUUUCGGCUGCGUCGAACGCGCCAACUGGUCUGCGCUCUGGUCCGUCUUUUGGCAUUGCGUUUGACAUAGACGGCGUCUUGAUCCGCGGCGGCCACGCACUUCCGAAAGCAAAGCGUGUGCUGAACUCGCUUCGGGCGAACAAUGUCGCGCACAUCUUUUUGACCAAUGGCGGCGGCUGCAUGGAAGACGAGAAGGCCGAAAAACUGGGCACGAUCCUCGACCGGUACAUUGACCCCGAGCACAUGAUCCUCUCGCACACGCCCAUGCGAGAGAUUGUCAAGACGUACGGAGACAAGCGAGUGCUCAUCAUGGGCUCGCAUGAUGUCUGGCGUGUGGCCAAGUGCUACGGCUUCAAGAAGAUUGUGAGCGUGGAGGACCUGCUACACCACCAUCCUCUGCAGUAUCCGUUCGUGAACUACGAACAAAGAACGGCACCGCAUUGCAAUGAGCCCAUUGAAGCUAUCAUUGUGAUGCACGAUCCGAUCGAUUGGGCACCUGAAAUCCAGGUCGCAGUCGAUGUGCUCAUUGGAGGCGAUCCGCCCGGGAGUGGAGGUUCGUCAGGCAAGCAAACGCCAUUGUUCUUGAGCAACGACGACUUUGUUUUUAGUGGAGCAUACCCGUUUCCUCGAUUCGCCCAAGGAGCUUUCACGCGGUGCCUGAAACUGCUGUAUGAAGACUACACCGGCCGCAAGUUGGAGACGACAUACUACGGCAAACCCCACAAGGUUACGUACGAUUACGCAAAGCGCCUUCUCAACACCAUCUCGACACAGCCUGAGCCGCUGAAGCGCAUGUACGGCAUUGGAGACAAUCCUUUCGCCGAUAUCCAGGGUGCAAACAAUGCUGGCGAUGACUGGACUUCCGUCCUUGUUCGAACGGGGAUUUACGAUGGCUCGAAGGACCCCGAGCAUAAACCGGACGUGCUUGUCGAUGGCGUUUAUGACGCCAUCAAACACAUUUACAAGUGCGAGGGUAUCGACGACUCGACAUUGUAA